UCAUUCAGAUGGAGGUGGGAAAACAGCCCGAACAGAGAACUUUUUCGGAAGACGAAGGGCUUUUUGAGGACUUUUUUUUUUGUUAUUUACUUAUUAUUAUUAUUCUUUACGCAAGACCGCCUGGAGCUUAAAGUGAGACCCCCAAGACACCUGAAGAGAUCAGACGUUUUACAGGGCGCAAGAGCUAGUGGAAUGGUCAGAUCAGCGUGGGAACUUUAGGGGAGUUCAGAAGAUGCUGCCUGAGAAUGGUUCCUGAAGAGUCGCUCCACCUGAAAGACACGAUGUCAAACACUCCUCCAUCCUCCCUUCAUCCGAACGGCUGCUAUCCUGCUCCUUCUCCAAGCUCUACUCUUCCCUCUCCACCCAUCUCUCCUGCAAGGUCAGGGGUCGUGACCUUUCGCUCUCCUGCCACACGCCACCUUGCCCACCUCGAUGCCUGGAGAAGGCACAGCUGGGAGCCUGGUGCCGUUAUGCAGGGCAACUCAAACCCUGACACACGCAGUGUUAGUUUGGAAGACUUGGACAUGGAGGAGAUGGCAUUGGUUCUGGAUGGAGCUCUGGGCUGCUGCAGAGCUCGAGACACGCGCAGGUCUAUCACCUGUGAGGGCUCUUUAUCCUCUCUUACUGAGGAGGAAGCUGGGACUGAGACACAGACACAGCACUGUACAACACUGGAGGAACAGGUGGGUCAGAUGUGUAGCUGCAGUGUCUCAGCUCCAAGCCUCUGUGUGGUGAGACGCACCCCAAAAUCUUCUGCUCCUCGUCCACACUCAUACUGCUAUGAUAAUAAUACAGAAAGUGCUCUUUACUACCAAGGCGGAGGCUCAACUCAAAGUUUAGACCGUGGGUUGUCCUCACUUUGGGGAGAGAAAAAAGGAGAACUGGACGAGGACAAAGAGGAGGUCGCAGGCAAUGCUUUCAUCCGAACAUUUAGCUUCCUGUGCAAGAUGACCACCAGUCGGAAGAAUAAGGAGAAGGAGCGGAUGCGGGAGAGAGAAAGAGAGGCACGAGAGAGGGAGGCACGCUACACAAACGGCCACCUCUUUACCUCCCUCACAGUGAGUGGCACCACACUGUGCUCCGCCUGCAACAAGAGCAUAACAGCCAAGGAGGCCCUCAGCUGCCCCACUUGCAAUGUCACCAUCCACAACCGCUGCAGAGAUUCCCUGCCUAACUGUAUCAAAAUGAAACAGCGGCAACAGAAGCUGGCAUUGAUGCGUAACAGCUCAUCCUACGGUGGAACAGUGACACUGCGGAAUAAGACACAUUUGAAAGAGCGUCCAAGCUCAGCCAUCUACCCCUCCGACAGUUUGCGUCAAUCACUGCUCGGUUCCCGACGUGGACGUUCUUCCCUCCUGCUGUCCAAAAGCGUAUCUACUAAUAACAUUGCAGGGACACUGAGUGAUGACUCUCCCCUGGGGCUGCGCAGGAUCUUGUCUCAAUCCACAGACUCUCUAAACUUCAGGAGCAGAACCAUGUCUAUGGAAUCACUCAACGAUGAGGGUGAGGUAUACUAUGCCUCAGUGCUGGAGGAGCUAGAAAUCGAGGGGCGGGACUUUGAGGCAGACUCUUGGAGCAUGGUGGUUGACUCCUCCUAUCUACAGACUCACCGCAAAGAUAUAAUCAAGAGGCAGGACGUCAUCUACGAGCUGAUCCAGACAGAGCUGCAUCACGUACGCACACUGCGCAUCAUGGAUGGGGUUUUUCGACGGGGCAUGCUGGAUGAGGUGCAGCUGGAGCCGGGAGUCGUCCACGCACUUUUCCCCUGCCUGGAGAAACUUCUUGUGAUACAUACUCGCUUCCUUACUCAGCUGCUCAAUCGUCGGCAGCACUGCCUGCAGGCUGGCAGCACACACAACUUUACUAUCAACCAUAUCAGUGACCUCCUUAUGCAGCAGUUUUCAGGUCAGUGUGCUGAUGAGAUGAAGAAGACUUAUGCUGAAUUCUGCAGUGGUCACAUAAAAGCUGUAAAACUAUAUAAAGAGCUGCUGGCUAGAGACAAGAGACUGCAGUACUUCAUACGGAGGGUGAGUCGAGGUCCUCUGUUGCGUCGUCACGGUUUCCAGGAGUGCAUUUUGCUGGUCACCCAGCGCAUCACUAAGUAUCCUGUACUGGUGCAGCGCAUCCUCGACAAUACCAAGGACAAUCCAGACGAGGAGGCCGGAUUGAAACAGGCUCUGGCACUACUGAGAGAUCUGUUGAACGGUGUGGAGCAGCAGGUGCUGGAGCUGGAGCGAACACAGCGGCUGCAGGAGAUCCGCUCCAGACUAGACCCACGCUCUCAGGCCAAACUGCGCUCAGACGCCAUGUUCAGACCUGCGGAACUACUGCGCAGACAGCUCAUCCACGAAGGAACACUGCUGUGGAAAACACCCAGCUCCAGACUUAAGGAUGUUCAAGUUCUCCUCAUGACUGAUAUACUAGUGUUCCUGCAGGAGAAAGAUCAAAGAUACAUCUUUGCCAGUUUGGAUAAAUCUGCAGUAGUGUCACUACAGAACCUGUUGGUUAGAGACAUAGCAAAUCAGGAGCGUGGAUUGUUCCUCAUCAGCAGUGAGUUCAGUCCCCCGGAGAUGUACGAGCUACAUGCUGCUUCCAAAGAUGACCGAAACACCUGGAUACGGCACAUACAGCAUGCCGUUAGCAGAUGUCCGUCAAGAGAAGAAUUCCCACUAAUUGAGACAGAGGACAAGGCCCUGUUGCGAAGGCUCAAAGCUGAUAUUCAGCAGAAGGACAGGGAAGUGUUGGAGCUGCUGCAGGAGCGUGUGACUCUGUUCUCUGAUCUGGCUGAAGUCAUGGCUGGUCAAGAGGUUUUGUUGCCACCCAACUCCAGGAACCUGUUCAGAGCUGACACACCUCAGGCACCUCGAGGAGAACGGCUACUCACACAAGCCAUUACAGAGGUGGACAGGCUGACUGAGCUGUUGUUAGGCUCUGGUUUUGAUAUCCCCUUGGCCUGCACUUCCAACGGUCACUACAACUACACAGGGACGCUGUUGAUUAAUGGACAGGAGGUUUUAGUCAAUGGUUCCCAGGAAACAGCGGGUUCUCAGGAUGGAAAUGGGAAUCGUCUGGAGGACAAGACUCCAACCGAGGAAGUAUCUCAGAGACUGGUGAAUCUCAGCGCUCAGCUCCAUGCUCUGCAGGGGGCAGUGAUUCGGCAAGACUCCAUCGUAGAGUUGUGCGUGCGUGAGGGUGGGACGUCUCUGUGCCGCCUAGGGCGGUCUCUCUCACGUGACGGAACCAGUGAAGUGGGGACAGUGGGAGAGCUGGCACUGCUUCAGCGCCAACACAGCCUCCUACAGGAGGAGCUCAUCCGCCUCAGAGGAGCUGAUGGAAAACUCAAAGACAGCGAGAAGGCACGGGCCCAACUCGAAAAACAACUGCGAGACUUGAAAUCUAACAGCGCCGCACUGGUGGAAAUCAUAGGACAUUCCCAGACUCCAGCACAUCGCAAACAGAGUGAAACUGACCCAAAUGCUGACACCCCAUCGGCCAGACAGGCAUCUAUGGACCAGACAGAUGCUCAGCAGGACUGCAGUGACAUCGACGUAGAUGUGAUCUCAGACGAUGACGAUGACGAAGACUUGAAGAUGUCCCCACGUUCUGAGAGCCCUAGAGAUUUACAAGACAUUCCCGAGGAGAGUGAGUCAUCUGCAGAAGCCCGAGAAAAUGCGUCACAGUGCUAAUUGUCUUCUGCUGCCCAGAAAAUAGAACUUGACCCUAGAAUAGCUAGAUGGCACAAUCGCUACUCUCCUGAAGCACAAGACUCUCUGAGCAAGUCUUCCUCUGAACUUCAAGGGAAGAUCAUACAGUUAUCAAUAUUAUUUUAACCAUCUGCUUACCUUGUUUCGCAACUUUGUGACAUAUAUUAUUUGACUUUUUUUUUAAUCGAGUCAUUUUGAUAUCGGUGGACCAAUAAGCGAAUGCCAAAGCAGCUUGAUUGUCUGCAAAUAACAGGACUUGUGAUAUUGCAUGAAAAUGUAGGUGUUUUGCGAACACAUGAUUCAACCAAACUACAGAAUUUACUUGCUAAAGACACAAAGAUACUGUAAGGUGACACAAAACAUACAUACAAGCCAGUUUUUAUUGAUCAGUAGUGAAAUAGUCUUGUGUGUUGCAAACGUUUCAGAAUUACUUUUCGUUCUUUAUCUGUAAUUUAUUUAUUCUUCUUUUGCUGACAGAAAUAUUUCUUUGAAAAGAUUUUUAAAGCACAUGCUAAAAGAAGCCAUAACCUGGAUGAAAAAAAACAUUCUGUACAAGUAAAAAAAAUCUAUGUUUUUACUACACUUGAGUUAUAACAGGUUUAUGUAAGCAUGAAUAAUUUAGUUAGAUUUAUAUAUGUUGCUGUUAUUUUGUUUUUAGUUCACAGAACAUGAUUCACUGAAACACAGAUAGAGGUGUUUACUGAUUCAUUUAUACCUAUUAUAUAAUAGAAUAUCAUACAUUGCUAAUUAUUUCCAUAUCUGUUGUUGAUUCUUUCUUUGUACAUCUGUUUUUGUUUUUUAAUUGUACAGUUUAACAGUGCCAUAAUAGCUGGUUGUCUGUACAGGUCAGGUGUCUUAAGCUUGGAUUUUAGGAAACAAAACUGAAAUUAGUGUAUUCUUUAUAAUAUAAAUGUUUACUUAUGACUGAAAGAAUUUGUAAGGAAAAUGUAAGAAAUAUAUAAAUGCUUUAAUAUUGUUCAAAGUGCUACUAUUAUAACUGAAGACUAUUGUUAUGGAUAACAGAAUUAAAGUCUUUAUGGACUCAAAUAGUGAUGGACAAUACAGCAAUGUAAUGUUUCUGAAUAAUAUUAAUUUACUUGGAGUUUUACUGGAGUUUACUCUUACUGGAGUUUUUGUUACACACCGAUCAAAGGUAAAGGUCAAAUUAUUACUGGAACGCCUAACAUUCAUAGAAAUAGUGUGGCUGUACCUCUGGAUCUAGUAUUCAGUAGUAGUCAGAUUACGAUUAGGUUCCAAAUGAUUAAAUUUUCUCAUGCUGGUAGCAGCCAGACCUGGUGGAUUCUGGGUAAAGUACUGAAAUCCAUUUGUUGAAAUCUAUAUCUUUCCUUUUAAUCCACAGCAUAAUGUCAGGCAAGAGAUUAUUAAUAUUUUAAUAUUAUCGUGGCAUGGCAAAAGUUGUUCUCACACACAUGCACACACACACACACACACACACACACACUCACUCACUCAUUAUGUAUUACUACAAUUAUAAUGAUAAAAUCUCUGUCUUUUUAAUUCAAAGCCACAGACACUUGAGACAAUCACUUACACACACACACACACACACACACACACACACACACACACACACAC